ACUACACUGAUUUUUUCAGCUCUGAUUCUUCCAUGAUUAGAGGUCAGCAUCUUACUGGUGAGAGAUACAAACAUAGAUAUAUCAGAAAAAAGAAAGAAGAAGUGUCUCAACAAGCACAAGGAGUGAUUUGAUGCUUCAACCCAACUGUCCUGUUCAGUCUGUGCUGGAGUUGUGUUCAGCUGUGAGCCUCUGACUCCACUAACAAACUGACUUUUCUCUCUAGAAAUGAUCUUGUCUUGUGUUAGCAGGCUGUGGGGAUGUGGGGGAUAGAGGCUUGGUACUAACAGGCCACAGUCUCUCAUUCUUAAAGAGCUCUGUAUAUCAUUUCCAAAGUGCUAAGAUUAUCUUAGACAUUUACUGACUUCAUGUAUAUUUAGAGUGUGAAGAGGAAGGAAGGCCACCAUGUUUUAACAGCUUGACUUCAGUCCUGUUCACUGUGCCACUCACAGAGGAACAUCACUUUUCUCUGCUGGAAGAAGAAUUGUUCUCUGAUGUGACUGAUAUUUCUUGAAAACAUUAUUUAGUGGCUGAUGUGUUUUAUUGUCUCUGAAGUCACAGAGAGAUGAGAGGAGCAGCUAUGAGUUUAACAGCAGCAUCAGGUGGAUUUGUCGUCCUCCUCCUCACUGUGUCAGUGGUACAGGGUCAGGAUGGCUGGGGAGUGACUUACACUUCUACUAAGAUCUGUGCCUUUAAAGGAUCAACAGUGGACAUACACUGCACCUACACAUACCCACCCAGGAUAAAAGGCCAUAAUACUACAGUUGAGAGAACAUUCUGGUUCACUAAAGUGCAGAAUAAAGAACCUGUGGAUCUGAGAACAGACUCAGACUACACAGGUCGUGUGCAGUAUCACUGUGCUGAGAACAGCUGCACUCUGAUAAUCACAGACCUGAGAGAGAGCGACUCAGCUGUGUACAAGUUCAGGUUCAUAACAAACCAAGAUGGUGGAUGUUUUAUUGGUUCACCUGGAGUCACUGUGUCUGUCUCAGACCUCCAGGUGCAGGUGAGAAGAUCAUCAGAGCAGGUGGAGCUGAGGUGUCACAGCAGCUGUAAUGUAGCUGAUCAUCCUUCAUAUGUCUGGUACCUGAAUGGACAGAAAAUGGAGGAAGAAAGAUUUUCUCUCAGAGUCUCUGUUAAUGAUCACAACAGAUAUUCCUGUGCUGUUAAAGGACAUGAGGAUCACUGCUCCCCUCCAGUGUAUCCUCCAAAGCUUCCCUCAGUGUCAGUGAGUCCCUCUGGUCAGAUAGUGGAGGGCAGCUCAGUGACUCUGACCUGUAGCACUGAUGCUAACCCAGCAGCUAAAUACACCUGGUACAAGGAGAAUGACCAUAAAUAUCACAGCCAAGGACCACAGCUUGUCUUCAGCUCCAUCCAGUCCUCUGAUUCUGGACAGUAUUACUGUGCAGCUGAGAACAACCUGGGGAUGAGGACAUCUCAAUACAUCUUUAUUGGUGUGAAAUAUGCUCCAGUUCUUCCCUCAGUGUCAGUGAGUCCCUCUGGUCAGAUAGUGGAGGGCAGCUCAGUGAAUCUGACCUGUAGCAGUGAUGCUAACCCAGCAGCUAAAUACACCUGGUACAAGGAGAAUGAAGACUCACCAAAAGCUUCAGGACAGAUCUUCACCAUCACUGACUUCAGAGCUGAACACAGUGGGAAUUAUUACUGUGAAGCCCAGAAUGAAAGAGGACGUCAGAACUCCACCUUACAUCUGACUGUUGGGACGUCGUCUCCAUUACUGGGGAACUCAGCAGGGAUGAUGAAUAUCAUCAGGUUGACUCUGGUGGUCCUGAUGCUGAUUCCUCUGCUUCUGUUGAUUCUGUGGACCAGGAGGAAGAAAACUCCACUGAGCUCCACCACUGAACCAAAUGACUAUGAAGAGACUGUAGAGAUGGACUCUCCUCCUGUGUACGAGGACGUCUCAGACUUGAAGGCCGUCACUGCAGCAGAGACAGAAGACACAGAGGAGCAGGAAGAUGUGGUGUGACGUCCAGUCGAUCUGGAGCCUGUUGAACAGAAGAAAGACUGACCUCAGAACAACAGACCUCACAUGUUUUCACUUUCUUCGGAGCUUGAGUGAGGCUGUGGAGGAUGUGGGGGUGUAUUUACCUUCAACAUCAAACCUUUUCAUUGUCAGUUUUCAGUAGCACAGGCAGUCGGCAGCAGAAGAUCUGAGAGGAAUAAAAGCUCAAAGGUAAACUCUGGUAUAUUUGAACCUUAUUUUCUCACAGUUCUGGGUGUAAAUGAUCAGUAUCAGUAUUGGAAUCAGUAUUGAGCAAGUGUCUGGUAAUGUAGACCGCAGCCUGACCAGCUGGUCCUAAAAUAGCCACUUGAAGGCCACAGUAUUUCCUCUGGCGCCACCUUCAGACCAAAAUGUUGUCUUGCAGAACUAAAAACAGCCUCCAGUCCUCCUUAAUGGGAUCUGUGACAGCAAAGUGUAGAAAUAAAUGAAGCAGAGAUAAAUAAAUCUAGACUGAACGUACAUGUGCUGGUGCAGGAUCUGUGGUUUGAGGUGAUCGGCUGUCGUCACCAGAUGCCCUGAGACGUAACCACACGUGUCUGAAAUCUCUCAAGCUGUUUGUGUGUCUGUCGGGGAAUGUAGGCCAGGAGAAGUGAGGUCACCUGUUAAACUUAUCUCCCCUCUCCUGGCACAUUUCUGGACAGCCUGCUACUGGAAACGACAGAGGUCUGAAAUGACAUGAAAUUAAGGAAAUGAACUGAAUAUUGAAAAACAUCUCCUCCAGAUCCUCCAAAACUUCUGUAGAUGCUAACGAUGGCAUCAAAACAUUUGUUUAAAUAAUUUCACAUUAGUUCUUUCAUCUCUUUAUUCUAUCUUAACCAUUUAUUUAGCAUUAAUUCAUUUUCUUUACGAUAACUUUGAUUAUCAUGCUCUGUCACAUUUAUCUGUAUUGUCUCUUUAAUGCCAAACCAUAUUUGGUAUUUUUAGUUAGAAAUGUUGUCUUGUUUAGAUCAGUUCGUGGAUGUUUUCUCCUAAUUUUUUUUGUUUUCAGCUUUAUCACUGCAGUGUAUAUACGUUUUAUUUUGCUGGUUUUUGUUGUUGAUGCUGUGUGAAAAUGUAUUACUAACAAUUAAAAUGUGCCUCGCAGGCCUGUAGAGUCAGAGUUGUUAAAUGCAUGUGU